CGCAGUGAGGAGCCCUCGCUGCAGCCUGUGCGGUCACCCGGGCGCUGUGGGGCCGCUGGCCAGGCGGUGGGGCCUCGCUCCCAGCUGUGAUAGGGCGAGGCAGGGGCAGAGGGGCCGCCGCCGUGAACAUUAACCGGGCUGUGCCUGCAGCUUGUCCCAGACCUCGGUGACACAGCAGCAUGGCCACAGCCAACGACAGGGCCGUCCUGCAGUCCAUCUUUAACCCCAGCACUCCUUUUGGGGAUAUCCCAGGGCUGGAUGAGGAGGAGGAGGAUGUCCAGGACGAAGUGGAAGCUUUUCCGUUGGAGCUGCUGGAUCAAGUCCGGGAGCUGGAGCUGCAGGGAGUUUCUGCGGCCGAGUCAGGAGACCUGAACACGGCCCUGGAGCGGUUCAGCGAGGCCAUUCGCCUGCUGCCGGAGCGCGCCUCGGGCUACAACAACCGGGCGCAGGCCCUGCGGCUGCGCGGGGACGUGGCAGGCGCCCUGCGGGACCUGGACGCCGCCAUCCGCCUGAGCCGCGGCCGCGGGCGCGCCGCCUGCCAGAGCUUCGUGCAGCGCGGCCUCAUCCACCGGCUGCAGGCGCGGGACGAGGACGCGCGGCGGGACCUGGAGCGCGCAGCGCGCUUGGGCAGCGCCUUCGCCCGGCAGCAGCUAGUGCUCCUCAACCCCUACUCUGCGCUCUGCAACCAGAUGCUCUGCGAGAUGCUCGGUCGGCUGCGCAACCCCGAUGGCACUGGAAGCGACUGAGACGGGCAGGAGACGGGUCAGGCAGCGAGUGGGCUAGGGAGAGCCGUGCUCUUGAGCUGGCCCAAGCAAACAUGUCCUGGCGGUCAGAAAGGUCCACCUCAGCUGCCAGAGCUCCUGCUCCUCCUCCCGGCUAACAGCCAGGGAAUGGAAAGUACCAAAGCACCUUGCUGUGUUUGUCUCGUUCUGCUCCACCCCGAAUAAAACUCCGUUCGCAG